CGCCCAACAGCCUAAAUAUUAGGCUGUUAUUGUUUUUAUUUACAUCAUUCUUAUAAACAGGGAAUAUAUUUAGUAUUUACUUACUUUAAAGAUUCCAAGUUGGAAUGUGUGGAUAAAGUAGCUUAUUUCAAGCUACGAAGUACCUACGUACUCGAAAACAUUGUCUAGAAUUGGUUGUUGAUUGUAUAUAAUGGAUGUUCCCGAAAAUGUUCGUAAGGAUUUGAUUAAACUUCUACCAGAAUCUCUUAUAAAUUCGACUAUAUGUUGUUGUUUUUAUGACAACCAUCCUAGAGACCCAAGAUGUCUUGAUAUAACAGUAUGCACUGAUAUGGGUGAAGUAUUAGAGAUUUAUCAACGCGAAGUAGUUUCUUCUUUACUUAUACAAAAUAUAAAAAAAAUAGUAGAAAUUAUACCAGUUCGGAAUGAAAGGUGUGAGCUGUUCUACAUUGUAGCUGCUGAUAAUCAGCUUAUUAUUUUAACCACGAAAGAUCAAAUGCAUAUUCAUCGAAGAAUAACUAAUGUGGAUACCUAUGAAAUGGUUGAUGAACAGUGUACAGGAAAACCAUAUCUCAAAGUGAUAUGUAUGGAUGAUGGGGUGCCAUUAAUCUUUGAUGAUAACCUUAACUUGACCGAAAAAAUUAUGCAAUCAAAGAGUAUGAAUGCAUCAAAAACAAACCCAGUGAUGACAAUGUUAGCUAGAAAGCUGACCGAAGCAAGGUUUAGUGUGAAGACUAAUGAGAAUGCACUGAAUGAGUUUAUAAAGCUUAAGCAGACAGCUGCUCAUGCAUUGUAUGAAAAGGAGCGGCCAAACGUGCAAGAUGCCAUGUUCAAAGUAGACAUUGUACAGAUAAAGAAGGCUCUUAAAAUAAAAACACCAAACCCAUCUGUGAGGGUAUGCAACAAGAAAAUUAUUUUAACCACUGACAUUGAAAAUGAUAAUGACGUGUCCAUUGAUAAUGUUCACAUACUUCUACAUGGUAAAUCAAAAGACUCUGUUACAUAUACAACUAAAAUCUUUAAAGAGAUACCAGAAUCGCCAUAUUGGCAAGAAAAAAAUUCACACUCACUAAGAAGUAAUGAAAAGUGUUCUGUUGUCGCAGUAGUGGAUUUAAAAGAGUUAAAGUAUACCAUUACUAGUAAGCUGGAAGUUGAAGGUGCAAUAUCAUAUACUAUACUUGAUAAUAAACAUAUAUUACCUUUGGAAAAUAUAUCAAUAUCUACUGUGGAGACUAUGGGGGAACAAUUUGAUGCCCUUGUUAGUGAUGCAGAGAAUAAAGAAAAGUUGUUAGCCGUUCUCGCAACAUCGGAGAAGACUGACCUAUGUUUAAGGCAUUUAAAACAAAAGGGAGAUCCUCACAUAAAUUUGUCUCAAGUCUUCUGUGACCAAUUACACAUGGAGGUGUUUGGAGGAAUUGAGAACGUUAUUAUACACAGAAAGUCUCCUUUUCACAUGCUGUAUGGACUAGUUAUAGUAUUCAAUAAGACCGAAGAAUUGCUUGGAAAUAAUCAUACAUACAGCAUUCGACUGUAUUCAAGUUAUCUCUCUCCGCAAGACUGUGCCGCUCGUCUUCUAAAUGCUUUUGGGAGAGAAACACCUCGCUUGAGCACCGUGAGGCGAUGGUUUGCUGAAUUUGAGAGAGGUCGGGUUUCUUUACAUGACGAAUUUCGUGAAGGGCGGCCUUCAACUGCCGUCAACAAAAAUAAUGUGGCUACUGUUAAGCGGCUGUUAAAUUGAAGUUGACCCGCGGAUUAGCUAUGAGACUGGUAUGAGCCAAUUCAGAAAAUUUCACACGAAGAAUAGAAAGAAAAAAAAAACUUUAUCGUUCGAGGGGUCGUUGGAUCCCUCGUGAACUGACAGCGAAGCAGAAGCGGGCUAGCGUGGAAUGGUGGUCACAGGAGACGAAACGUGGAUUUAUUGUUUUGAACCCCAAAAAACAGCAAUCUUGUGAAUGGGUGUUUGAAAAUGAGAACAGGCCAACAAAAGUGAGGCGAGAAACGUUAGUAAAAAAAUGAUCACAUUUUUUUUCUCAGCUACGGGUCCCAUCUGCACAAUUCCACUUGAAGAUCAAAAGAGUGUUAAUGCCGAGUGGUAUUCUACCGUUUCUUUACACAGGGUUAAAAAAAAAUUCUUCUCGAAAGACGACCAAAAAGCCGCGUUCUCCUACAUCAUGACAACGCUUCUUCACACACGGCCAACAAAACUAAGUCAUUUUUAGCUUCCGAAAAAGUACAACUCGUCACCCAUCCUGCCCAUAGCCCCGACCUAGCACGCUGUGUUUUCUGUAUUUUCCCCAAAAUCAAAGAUUUGAUGAGAGGUUUCACUUUUACCAAUUCUGAAGAGGCAGUGAUGGCGUUCAAUCAGCACGUAGAAAACAUGGCUUCAGAACUCUUCCUGUUUUAAAAAAUGGUUCGAUCGCAUGAAAAAAUAUUUAAAAAGUAAAGGAGAAUAUUUUGAAAAACAAUAAAUAUAAUAUUUUGGUUACAACAUGUUGUUUUUUUAAGUAACGCAAAACUUUUAGUGUUACCUACGUAUAAUAGGUACAAUAUGACAAUGUUGUAACAUAUAACAAAACAAUCUAAUGCAAUAAUGCAAUUCCACCCCUGUUCGCAUUACACUCUACCAGGCUUUUCACUUUGUCACCGUCAUGCUCACUGAAAUGGCUUUGCUUGCGGCGGCGUCGUGUGUAAAAAGUAAUUAAAGCUAUAUCCAAUAUACGAUAAUUUAUAUUUAUACAGUUUAUUCUUUAUCACUUUUUAUGAAAUAUUUAGUAUUAUUUAAACACGAAUCUUAAAUUGGUUGAACCACUUGAAACUAAUGUUUGUUGAGUUUUUUGUAUUUUCUUCUCAUCAGCUCUACUUUUUCCGAACAUAUGGCAGAUUUAGUAAUAUAAAAGAAAUAUUUAUAGUGACGGUUCAAAAGCGAUUAGUUUAAACCUAACUGAAUAAAGUUUAUUUGACAUUGACUUGACUUACUAAUUUUUAAGUAACUACUUCAAAUUAUUCAGUACAUUAUAAGUCAUUGCAAAAAUAAUAAUAAUGUUGUCGGGAACUUUUGAUCAUUUAGUAAAUCUGAAGUAAAUUAAUAACAUUUACAGGAUGACCCUGAGUCUAUUUUUACGAUUUAAAGUGUAUUGGUUGGUCGUUUGUUGAAGAUAUGUUUGUAUUAAAUAUAAAAAAAAACUACACAGAAUAAGAAAAUUAUUUGUAUACCUAUACAUAAAAUCGAAUAAAAUGUUUCCAGUUUAAUAUUGCUUAAAAACUUAUUGAAUAUAAAAAUGUUAAUGUAAAACAAUCGGACGCAAAUCA